UGGAAAAGGGAUAACACCGGCUUAUAGAGACCCGUCUGUACGGUUUGCUAGCUCAAGCAUAUGCUGUUGGCAAUCCAAGAUUAAAACAUGUUAAAAUUCAAGCUAAAGCGCGACCUUUUCCUAGAUAUAAACGCAAUCUAUUUGUUUUUGCAUAACAUUAUUACACAUUUGAAGAACGUGCGAUAAACAGCAAUUAUUAUAAAAGCCACAAAAAAUGUGCAAGAGCAUCAGUUUUGGGUCAUCCACCGUUCCAACUUGUAACACUUUUUGCCUAGGUCGACACUUACAAUUUCAAUGACCUUUUUGAUCGGCCUUUUUAUUGCCGCCAUCGCGGCUACUGCGUCGGCCGUUUACUACCCACCAUCGGUUCCCGUAGAUGUUGAGGAAUCACAUUUCGCCUACCAACUGAAGAGCUUCCGGCAAGAGCUGGACGAAUGCGCGGAAUACCUUCAAGUCUCACCAGCAUCCGUUGAAAACCUCGUGGCGUACAACUAUGUCACAGAUGAUCCCAGUUUGAAGUGUUUGAUUCGGUGUGCCGGUAUCAACGCUGGAUGGUGGAGUGUUGGAGGAAACAACUCCGGACUGCACGGACCUGUCAUCGAAAGCUAUUUCGCGCCAGGUUGUGGUGAUACUUGUUAUGUGAAACGUACUCAGGACUGUGUCAGUGCCAAUGUAGCCCCGUGCCAAGAUGAUUGCACACAAGCUUAUCAGGCAUUCUUGUGCUACUAUCAUCAGUAUGGUAAUCUCAAGAGCUCCGAAGAAUACAUUCCACUCCCACAGCUGGACGCCGUUCAAGCUGCUAUUGAUUGUAUGCUUAUUUUACGCACACCGAAGGAAUUGCUUGAGCAAUACGCACAGAAUGUAUUCCCAGAAGUUCCUGAAACUCAGUGUCUAUUCAGAUGCCAAUAUCUGGCUGAAGGGCUUUAUGAUGGAGUUACCUUCAACUUAACUCGUAAAUACAUUCGCGAGUUUGCUAUUCCUUCACCUCAGCUCAAAGAUCCAGCAACACAGGCUUGUGUAGAUUCUGCCCUGGCUGCCCCUAACUGUAAUGAAUGCGCUCGAUUCUGGGCAGGUCGUGCUUGCAUCAAGGACUAUGGUGUGCUGAACCACAUAGAAAGUUACUUCCAGGUGGCUGCUGGGCUCGUUCUUGCUCAGAGAACAUGCUUAGAUGAAGACUUGAACCCUCGUUACAAUGCCGGUGGCCCUGCACCGCCAGCUCCUUCUCCAGCUCCGACGCCUGCUCCAAUGCCAGCUCCUACUCCAGCUCCGACGCCAGCUCCAGCACCGGCUCCCACUCCUGGGUGCAUGUACAACUGUGGUUCAUAAAUGUUAAGCCUUUGAAGCAGAGGAAAUUGAAUAUUUCUAUGAUAUCAACGAUGAUGAUUAAUAAAUAUCUUGUUAUGAAUCCCAAAUGAUGAUUUACUAGUUUAUCCAGCGACGCCUUUUAAGAUACUAACUUUCUUUGUUGCGAGUUUUUGUAUCGUAACAGUUAUGCAAUUCCUAGGGAAUUAUUUAAUGUACUCUUUGUUGUGAUUAGUUUGCAAACAAAACCCUAUUUUUUCAGUUGAGCGGACCUGGUGCGAUCGUUAAAGCACGUGACUAUCACGCUGAAGACCUGGGAUCGAAUCCCACUCCCGAAAAACUCACAAAACAAUGUCAGUUCUUCCUUCGUAAGGGAAGUAAGGCGUGGGCCCCGAGAUGAACUAGCCCAGGGCAAAAAAUCUCAUUAAUACAGACAGAAAAUACAUAAUAAAAAAAAACUAUUUUCAGAUUCUCCGUUCCUGACGUCUGUCACGUGGUGUAUUUUAAUGCUGUUUCAAUGUGGUGUGCAAUUUGUCACAAAUUUUGGGCUCAACGUCUUCAUGAGUUAUGGCAUUAAUAGAAAUCGGUGCAAUUCGUUAAAAUCAAGCAAUAAUUUUUAAUAUUCAAUGUUCAAUCGUUCUAUGCUAAUUUUACAGUUCAUUGUUGAACGAAACUACAUCGAGAGU